AUGCUGGGAAAGCUCUUCAACCUGGGCACUGGAAGUGCUGCGAACGCUCCCACCCCAUCACAAGCCAAUAACAAUACUUACAAAGACCCCCCACAAUCCCUCGAGUCUAUGCAGGAAGACAUCCACACCCGCAACCUCCUGUUCCCAGACACUGAGGCACUAUAUCAACAUCGAAAUGAUCAAGUUUUCCCACUUUCCAUGGCUUCUGCCCUUCCUAUGGCGUCCAUGGCAAGUGCCUUUGAUUAUGACGGCGACAUUGAUCUAGAUACUCGGCAUGUUCGCCUCCUCAUCAUGCAAGAUGCCGUGGCUUCUUUUCCGGCCCAGCUUCUCUUCGACAGCCAUCCCGCUCCCCCAAAACCACCAAACACUGCUGAUCGCCCGGCGACGGGUAUUCCUGGCCAGGACUCUCAAAGAGCUCCUACUUCGCCUCGAAAAAGCAGCUUGAACCAGACAUCACGGCCACUGGUGAUUCAGCCGGACAGUCCCCAACCCCGCCAAGGUGCCUUCGACCGCAGGGCCUCAAUGCAAGGCCGAACUCAAUCUCAAGCUGAGACAGAACUCCAGCGCGCACGACGUGAGUACAAUGACGAGAUUCAUGCCUUUGCUGGGUCCGUCUUUGGAAACUCGGAAUUGAUGGCCUACAAAGGCACCUCGACAAAGGUUCAUAUUGUUCCGACUGACAAUCGACCCGAGUAUGGAGGCUCUUACGUCGGCGACGGCCGUGGUUCUAUCGGCCGCUCAAGUAUGCGCUCCAGCAGACUGGCUCAGUCUUACACAUCGGACAAUGUUUCGCCUAUCCAACCACCACAAGGAUUCAACUCCUCGGCGCCAACUCCACGGAGUCUCCCAGAGAGGAGGAAAAUCCUCAUCACACGAUUGUUCCCCGUUCUCUUGCCCAGUGACGACACUGAUGCACAGAGUGACACUCCUUUGAGCCGCUUCUCGGACCAGAAUACCGGCUUUCCAUUUCCUCAGUCGGCGGAUGAUACUAACCCACCCAAGAAGAAGAAACCGCAACCCAAACAAAAACGCACGCCCAUGUACGCCGUGGUGCUGGUAAUCCAGCUUCCCCCUACAUCUGCCCAGCCGAUUCCUCCCUCCGCCAUCAGGUCGACCUUUCGCGGCGCCAGCUCAUACACUGAACAAGAGUCCUUCCCAUCAUCCAUGAGUUCUGCACGGCGCUCUGGGUGGACUCUUUCGGGAUCUGGCUUUCCCAUUGACUCUCUAGAUUCUUCCUGUUCGACCGAUGUGGAUGACCGAAUGGACACCAUUACUCAGCACUGGGAUAUUAUAAUGCGUACACUGACACACCUCCAGGGGGUCGUUGCAACUACACUUGGGGGGCUGCUCAAGCAGGCGGACAUUGCUUCCCCUGAUCCCUACCCUCCAUCGUUUUCGUCAUGGGCUGGCAGAGCCCCAUCGAUGAGCGGCAGGCGCGAGGAACCGCACUUCAUCAAGCCCCCCAAGACUAACGCAAAAGUAAUUGCCUUGUCACCCAAUUGCUUGCAGCACGAGGAGAACAUCGUACAGGAAGCAAACCUGGCAAGGGUGAGAGUCGUUACUGGUCUGAGAGCACAGCGCGUCAUCACCGCGCAAGGAAGGUGGGGCAUUUGGAGAGACGAAGCCAGGUGGAUGGCGAAAAAGGCUGGAGAAAAAGAACAUGGGUUCUUCUUCUUCAACCUUCUUACCGGGUUCCUUGCAACACACACCGACUGGCUUAACGCCAUGAGUCCGGCAUGGUAUCGCAGGAAGCAUCAUCAGCAACAAAAGGCGAAGGGUGAGGAGGACUUGUCAUUACCGGCACGAACCGUCAUCAUCGCCCACGACAAGAUGCUGGCGCGGCGGCUCCUCUUCCUCCUCUCUGCCUUUUUGCCUUCGCAUCAGCACAUCUCUUCAGUCCGUCCCCAUAGACCAAGUACAUCCACGUCCUUUGGGGCCUUCUCCCAGUCUCCCCCUUCGCUCAUCAUACCAAUCCUUCGAGAAGAGUCCUUGCGUCGCAAGAUUAACCGACGAACUGGUCCAAGGCGGGCCUCACACUCCCGCACUGUCAGUCAAAGUACGCGGGCUUCUGGCGUACCGCCUCAGUUGGCGCAUCUGAGCAUGGAAAGCCGUCAUGAGAGACGUGUUUCAGAUGCGGCCUCGAUUCGAUCUAAUCUUCCCAUUCCUGGUAAUGAUCAGAUUAGCAGGAAGAGCAGCGCGGCGACGACAACCACAAUCACUCCAGAAACUACCAUCCCGCACUUUACUACCGCGCAGAGAUUUGAGAACCGGCGAAGUUUGAGGCCUGGCAGCAGCGGAAGUGUCGCCGCAGAUGAUCUCAAGAGAACAUUGAAGCGAGGAGAAAGCUCAGGACAUGUGAGCACAGCGAGUACCGACUCGCGCAUGUCAGGCUCAAGAUGGGGUAGUGUUAUUAGCACUCUUUGGAAUGGAAAAAGAAGGGACUCGACUGGCCUUACAACACCUAAUCACCCCUACGGCAGCAACCCGACCUCUCCGACAAAAUCUGUGCAUAACGGUCGAAACAAGCUUGCAGAAAUGGUCAGAGAGGCCAGAACUGAAGGUCUUCGCCGACCAGAAGAUCGCGGGCAGAACAACCAAGGCAACGGGAAUGGUCCUAAUACGCCUCGUGGGUUUGAUGAACAAGCCAUUGAAGAUGCCCCCGAGAGAUUUACCUUUCCCGAGCGGGUUCCCGAUCCAAGUGGUGAUUUCCAGUCCCCCGUUAAAACAUCGAUCAAUGCUGAAGAUGGAGUCAUUGACGUUGAUAUACCCUUCCCUGAUUACAUCACGUCUUUUGAGACUGCAGUAAGCUCGCCAUCAAGCAGCGGGUAUCUCUCGACGCCAGGAAUCGGCAGCGGACUAGAGGGGUUUGAACAAUUCUCGAGGAUCACAAUUGACGGAGACUCUCCCAUGAACGUGACUGGGUUUCUUCAGCGCUACCACCAGGACUUCAUUCUUCAGGCUGUACCCCCUCAAGACGAUCUCAUGGAGGACAUCAAGAAGUCCAUGAGAGCCGAGCCCACUCCGUUCAUCACGCAGCCGUUCUACUCGAUGGAACAACCAGCGGACCGAUGGGUUGACGUCAGCAAUGCUCUCAUUGCAGAUACAACGACACAUACCAUCAUGAGGAUUCGCUACCGUCGACUUAUCCGGCCCAAGCCGUUCUCGGAUAGGUCAGUCCCUCUCGGCUCUGCUGGCUCCAGUUCGUACAGCGCGGCCCCUAUGACUCCAUCCAUCCUACCUUACGAAACACAACUGGACGACGAAUUCAUCGAAGAACCAAUUGCAAGCUUGGACGAAGUAUUGAUCGAGGCAGUUGAACGAGUUAUUGCUCAGAGCAAUGAAGUGAGCAAACAGAGCUCGUCAAACUCUUCUCGAUCAACCAGUAAGCGACGGGACCGCAGCAAUAGUGAAGCUUCGGCAUCAGUCGACUCGCAUAACACCCCUCGCAUUCCAAUGGCAUCUCAAGAAGUGCCCCGCGAUCAAUGUAAGACAGUAGUACUGUCGGCCUUGGAUGAAAUUAUUCGCGACGUCAUCGAAGAACGCGACCAGGAAAACGCAGACACCAACAGCCAUACAGACCGGGACCGAGAAAGCGCACUCCGCGAAGCAGUGCGAAUUUGGCUCGACACUGUCGACUCCAGCGAAUAA